AUGCCCCGCCCGACGGCCCUGACACUGCUGCUGGCCGUCGUGCUGCUGGCCGGCCUGCUCCUGGCACCCCGUGCCUCGGCCCUGCCGGGCCGGGACCCCGGCCCGCCGCUGCCGGGCCCACUGACCGCCGCCGCGGUGGCCCGGCUCUCCCGGGCCGAGGCCCAGGCCGUGGCCCGGGCCCUCCACGCGGCCGGCGGCGACUGGCGCAUGGUGGCCGCCCUGCGCCACGGCCUGCCCUUCAGCUGGGACGCCCGGGACCCGCCGGCCACCUGCCCGGACGCCUGCCCCCACCAGUGCGACCCCCACGGCUGCCUCGCCUGCCCGCCCGGCAUGGUCCCCACCUUCGGCCGGAGGGUGUCUUGCGCCCCGGGCCCGGGGUUGGCCGUGCGCCAACCGCCGGGCCGCACGCACGAGCAACACCCAAGCGCCCGCCUUGAGUCCCACACCGGGCAUGCCCCGGUGGCCGCAGCUUACCAGCCCUGCCCGGAACACUGCUUCCAAUGCACCUCGCCCACCUCCUGCCAGCAGUGCAACACCUCCUACUACCUGGCCAAUGACACCUGCCACCGAUGCAUCGACAACUGCCGGAUAUGCUUCGGCCCCGACACCUGCGACACCUGCGCAUCCUUCUACCUGCAGCACCAGGGCCAGUGCGUGGUGGAGUGUCCGGGCGGCUUCUACUCCACCGGCUCCCGCUGCCAGUCAUGCGGGGACCAUUGCGCCGCUUGCUCCAGCCCCACAACCUGCUCCGCCUGCCAGAGUGACUACCUCCGCCAUGACGCCGCCUGUGUGGCACAGUGCCCGACCAGCUACUACCCCGAAGAGGGCAACUGCAGGCGGUGCAGCGCCAAAUGUGCCGCGUGCGCCAACGCGUCGGACAAUUGCACCGCCUGUCCCACGGGCCAGGUCCUCCAGGCGGGCGCCUGUGUCAGCGCCUGCUCGGCCGGGCACUUCCCCCAGUCGGGCCACUGCCAGCCCUGCGACGAAUCCUGCGCCACGUGCGCCGGCACCGCCGAUGCUUGCACCACCUGCCCCGAGGGCAAGUUGCUCCAGGCGGGCGCCUGU